AUGAUAAAUUCCCUACUUGCAAUACUACUUGUUAUCAACACCAGUCGAGGACACCAAUUCGUUUUUAAUUAUCCCAAGGUUCCUCAAAGGCGCGAUGAAAUUGACCAAGUUAGAAAAGAAAAUGAAGUUGGAGACGAUUUACUUGAAAACGAUGUAAUAACGUGGCCCUAUGGUGCAACUGAGGACGUUGACAAAUGGUCUCUUCGUUCACGAAUUGAAGAAGAGGAGGAGUAUAAUAUUAAUUCAAACAAACAGGUUAAUAAUAGUACCGGAAACGAUGACAUUGAACGCAAUGAAAUAUUUAAUAAAUUAUUUGGAUUUGAAACUUGGUUAUUGGCAAAUAUUCUCUGUCCUAAAAAUAAUGGGUUGACAAAAUUCCAACUUUCAAUUGAUGAUCUGACUUUUGUUGGGCAACCAGUUUUUCUUAAAACGGAAGUUGAUACCAAAGAGAGAGAAACUUAUUGUAGAGAAAGAAAAAAGAAUGAUGAUUUUGAUAACGGUAAUGGUAUAGAUUUAAAUGAAGAAGGAUUGCAAGAACAGUUAUCUAGACUUGGUUGUUCUGAUGCGUCAAAUGAAGAAAUGCCUACUCAAAUAUCUUCUAAUGUUGCAUCCGAUAAUAGCAACUCUUCUUCGAAUCAUUCUAUUCAACGACAUCUACACUUUUUCUUUCAUCUUGUGUUUGUUCUUGAACCACCUGAAUUGGAUUUAUGUAGACAAGUAGAUGAUAUUUACAAAAAUGUUAUUACAAAAUUAACUGAAGCACUUCGAUAUGAACAAUUACGAUGUGACUUUGUCAGGAAAGAAGCUGAAUUAAUAAUAUCUUUAAGAGAAAAUCCUGGUGUAUCUACCCCGGACAAAUUAAUGGAAAUUAUAUUGGAAAAAAGUUCGUUAGCACGAUCUAUUUGCAAAGUGUAUGAUGCAAUUUCAACUGACAAUAUUGCACAUAUACUUAUAAAUGACUACAUUGAUUUAUCCUUACAAAUUCCUCCACUUUCUCCGACCAUUAAUCCUUCUGAUAAUACUGAUAAUGACAUGAUUAGAUAUGAGUAUGCUCAUUAUCCCGUUAUUGCUCCAUAUCAUACUCUGCUGCUUCUGGAAGAUCCAGAAGAAAUUCUUAAAAAUAUGCCAUUAGAUGCUAAUCCAACAUUGGUUCAGUUGGUACAGAUUUUGACCCCUACACAACGAUUGGCCGACUUAUGUACUGUGUUAGAUUGUUCUUUGGCACAGAUAUUUCGAAUUGCGGCACAUUUGAUAUAUUGGCAAAAAGCGAAGAUAAUCGAUGUUAUUAGUGUUCGAAAUGUCUAUGUUGUUUCUCCUACCGCGGAUAUGAACUCGUUACCAAUUUAUAUUGAAUAUUUCAAACAACACUUUCCUGCUCUGGACCUUGUGACAAUUCUUGCAUCACUCUCCACUCCUAAGCCAUACUUUAUAAAUGCUAUCACGUCCAAAGAGAAUCGCACCAUGUAUCUCGAGGCUAUAACUUACUUGUUGAGAAAAGACCUUGUUGUACAAUUACACGCAUAUAUUUUAAUCAUGAUACCACAAUAUAUAAAGAAUGGAUUUACUCGGGCAGAGUAUGAGGAAAAAUUGAGAAAUUCCGGGAACAGCGAAGGUUAUGAUCAUACAGCUGUUGAUAUAUAUGUUCCCUCCUCUUCGGCAGACGGAAGAGGAAUUUGUAAUUCGGCAAGCUCAAUGGAUGCUACCGCUUUAAUUUCCCCUUUUGAAAAGGCAUCAGACAGUGAAAGGGAAUGGUUAUAUAACUUCGUAACAAAUCAUCCUAAAGAAACCGUUACACUUUUCGAGAGAUUAAUCAAAUAUUUCAAUGGAAAACAUCAUGUUGAAGAAAUUCUCUUUCGUGAAACUAUAAAACCGAGAGAUUUAGGUAAAGUAUUAGGUCUGUUUAGCAAAGACGAAUUGAUUACAGUUUGGUGUUAA